AUGGCUCGCCGCCCCGCUAGAUGCUAUCGCUACUGCAAGAAUAAGCCGUUCCCCAAGUCUAGAUUUAAUCGUGGCGUUCCGGACCCUAAGAUCCGUAUCUUCGACAUGGGACGCAAACGUGGCAAUGUCGACGAGUUUCCCACCUGCGUCCACAUGGUGUCCAAUGAGCACGAACAGCUGAGCUCCGAGGCCCUGGAAGCCGCCCGCAUCUGCGCCAACAAGUACCUGGUCAAGACGGCGGGCAAGGAGAACUUCCACCUGCGCGUCCGCGCGCACCCCUACCACGUGCUGCGCGUCAACAAGAUGCUGUCCAUGGCGGGCGCGGACCGGCUGCAGCAGGGCAUGCGCGGGGCCUGGGGCAAGCCGACGGGGCUGGCGGCGCGCGUCAACAUCGGCCAGAUCCUCAUCUCGGUGCGCACCGUCGACCGCCACCGCGCCACCGCCGUCGAGGCCCUGCGCCGCUCCAUGUACAAGUUCCCCGGCAGCCAGAAGAUCGUCAUCAGCAAGAACUGGGGCUUCACCCCGCUCAAGCGCGACGAGUACGUGGCCCUGCGCGGCGAGGGCAAGCUGCUGCGCGACGGCGCCUACGUCCAGUUCUGCCGUGCCAAGGGCAACCUCGAGGAGAACUUCAGGCGCUUCCCGGGCGCCUUCGCUGAGGUUUGA